CCUCCUCCACUUCUCUCCACACGGACCUGCAGUAGGAGGUCCGCUCUGGAGGAACAAAUAAGCAUUAACUUUUAUUCAGCCUGCCGACAGACAGCCUACGGGACUCUCCAGCAGGACUCUCCUCGUUCAGCCUUCAUCAGGAGGAGCAGCCCGACGGUCCGAGUGGUCGCGAGGUACCGGUGGAUGGAUGAAAGUAAACCAGGCUUAAUUUUUUUCCCCCUCCUUCAUCGGCUGGAGCAGUAAACCUUGUGAAUGGUGACUGGAAUGCAGGAUUAUCAUCUGACCUCAAGUGGAAGGAGAAAAAAAUUAGACUAUAAGAUUACACAUUUUCUGAUCUAUGCAGCCCUACAAUGCCUUUGAGGUUACAAUGUCUACACUAAAGCAUGUUAUUCUGCAAGAUAAGGACCAGGACAAUGAAAAGAUCCUGGACUGGAGCUACAUUAAAUGGACUGAAAAUGAAGUUGUCACAACAGGUGUGGCAGAUGCUGAGACUCAAACGGACUCAGCAUGUUUUGAGCACAAAGAGAGCCAGACCAGCAACCCAGUCAUAAUGCACAUAGAUCUUAAACGGACACACUCCAAACUGAAACACUUGUCUUUGGUGGACCCAGACAACUCGGCAGCACCUUUCUUUCAGUUUGACCGCCAGGCUCCUGGGCGUAUCUCCACAUCUCCCACCUUGAGGAGGAUGAGGAGCACCCGACGUCCUCAGAUGGAUUUCAGAGAACCUGCCAAGAUGGAGAGCACUCAGGAGGAGCCAUCAUCAGCAAGCACGGGAUCCCCCAUAAGCCCCCUGUCACCAGCACACAGAGUAAAGUCUCCUCUUGCAGCGAGCCCCCCCUCUGAUGGAGAGACCUGUUCCAAUCAUGAGCCGGUGUCAUCCUCAGGCCGGCAGCGAAGCAGAUCGCAUAUAUCAAACACUUUUGAUGGCAGUAUCACUUCCAUGGGAAAAGAAUGUCACAGUGCUCAUCCUAUUCUUAAUAAAGACAAUGGAUUUCUUGAGAAUGACUUUCAGGAGAAGGAGCCCUGCCAUAAUAGUCUUCAUCAGAGGAGGCGGAGCUCUGUGGUUGUCAGUUUGCCCGGAUUGGAUGUUUCACCAGGAGACCUUUUUGUGUCCAAUGGAGCAGCUGACUUAUUAAAUGGCUCAAACAUCUCAGAUACCAAGAAGUCAAAGUGGCCAUUCUCAAGGCGUAGUACGACUAAAGGGAAGUUACAGACAUACACAGUGUCAGAUAUUGAGAAAUAUCUUUCAACUGCACAGAUUCAAGACUGGAGAAACUCUGAGCUACAGAAAUAUAAGGACUACUCUCUGGCUGAGUUCCUGCAGGACCAGUCUUCCCAGGUCAGUGCUUCCUCUGACCCUCAGGGCAUCAAGAGACAAGAGACCAUCUGGGAGCUCUUCACCAGCGAGUGUAUUUACUUCAUGGAUCAGCUCAUGGUUCUCAAAGAGGUGUUUUUGGCUACGCUCACAAACCUGCAGCUGAGGAACUGCCUGACUGACAUUGACUCGUGGAGGCUGUUUGCAAAUCUCAAUGAGCUUUCCCUGGUGAGCUCAUGUUUCCUGAAGAACCUCCUUUGUGUUAUCAAGGACAUGCUGGAGAUUACUGAGGGUGGCGGGCCCACCCUGCUGGAUCUGCUGAGCAAGGCUUUCCAGGAGAGCAUAUGCCACUGCCUGCAGACGUAUUGCCUCAACUACUCCACGGCUCUUCUUUAUCUGGACAGUCUGAAGCCCAGAGAGGACUUUGGGACUUAUGUGAAGUGGUGCGAGAGGAGCGAGCAGUGCCGAAGGCUGCAACUGCGCGACCUGCUGGUGGCGCCGCUGCAGAGGCUAACUCGAUACCCGCUGUUGUUGCGGAAUAUCGCAAAGAGAUGUCAGAAAGACGACGAAACCCGAGGGCUGCAACUUAUAGCAGAGCAAGUGGACACAUCUAUAUGUGAUUUAGAGGGAAAGGUCAAAUGGCUGGAUAACUACCAGAAGGUGAAACAGUUGAGAGAUGCCCUGGUUUGGCUGCCUGUAUGGGAGAGGGACAAGCGUACUUUCAUCCCUGAGAAUUUGAAACAUCUUCUAAAGGCUGUGACUCUGGAUAAUCUGAUUUCUCACAGGAGUCUGCUGCAUGAAGGGAAACUUGUGCUUACAGAGAAUGCAAAGUUCCUAGAUGUUUAUCUGUUCCUGUUUGAUGAAUUCUUGCUGAUUACAAAGAUAAAGAGAAACAAGAAGAGGUCCAUUGGUCCAGAGCAGAAUCCUCUGAAAAACCUGGAGCUGGAUCAGAUGCUGAAGGAGGGAUGCACCUUCAGGGUUAUCGACCAGCCCAUCUCUCUGGACCGACUGCAGCUUAGGAACAUCGAUCAACUUAAUGCUUCCUCAUCGGGGCUGCCUCAUUCUUUCAUAGUAAUGCACCAGAACCGCUACCAGCAGUGUAUUGGCGCAUUCAUCCUGCAAGCUGCGUCAGAGGCUGUCAAGAAAGUGUGGAUGUCAAAGAUAGAGGGCGCAGUGACGGCGCUGCUGAAGCAGGACUCUCAGCAGCCACGAGUCAAGAGCUCCUCAUUGUGGCUGGAGUCUUCACAGAUAUGAGUCAUCAAAAAGCACUAGAAGCCAUGUGAAAACGUUUCUACUGUUAAUGUGCACUUCACUGCCCCCUGAUGUCUUGUAAAUAACUGCACUAGCACUAGGAUAAUUUUGUAAACUAAGCGUUUGCCUGUAAAGGCAGCUGCUGCAGUAGAGUACAAUAAACAUCUGAUUAUGUAGUAAAA